GUCGUCUGCCCAUCGUCCGCGCUCCGCGUCCACCGAUUCCGAAAAAAGCCUCCCUAAUUUCCGGAUCGCAACAACCUUGCGCCGCCGCUCCUCCCUUCCCCUCCCCCCGUGCGCUUCCCCCCAUCCACCUCGCCUUCGGUUGCUGCUCGCGCUCCUGAAAGCCACCGACGACCUCCUCUCACGGUCAGCCGUGCCCAACGCGCUCCUCCUUCCUUCUCUCCCCCUCCCCUCACUAAUCUUUCUCCCUCUCUGUUCCCGAGCUGCAGGACGCCGUGGCCAUGGACCAAAGGUUCGCCGGACCUUUCCUCGCGAUUGCUGGACCAAAGAUUCCAUCGGUUUCUUUCUCCUUCCCCUGACGCAAGGCAGAGUUGGUUGGCGCACGUGGGUGGGUCGCUUCGCUUCCGGUAUGUGCGUGCGUGCUUGCGCUUGGUGAGGGGAAGAUGGCGAGUCGAGUGGGGCGUGGCGGUGACCGGGCCAACCCCGAUGCUGCCCAGGCGGGCUAUUGUGGCGGCGGCGGCGAGCCGUACUAUGGAGGCCGCGGUGGUGGACGAGCAGCGGCAAUCCCAAUGGCGUUCUACCGAGGACAGGGAGGCGGUGAGCCGGUGACCGUGCCGGUGACGGCGACCGCGGCCGUGGUUACUACAAGGGAGAUGGCGGUGGCCGUGGGUACUACCAAGCAGGCGGUGAUGGCGGCUGUGGCCGUGGGUACUGCCAAAGAGGCUGCAAGAGCCUGUACACUGCCGACGAGCUGCGGUUCAACACCAAGGAAUUUGAGGAGAGAUCUCAUACGUGGCACUAAUGGUCUUCAUUAUCUGAAGAUUAAGAAGGCCCUCAGGGGUCCGAGAGUUGUGGUCACCCACCAAGUAGAGGUGCGCAGGAAAUACCGCAUCGCUGGCUUGACAAAUCAGUCUAGCAGAGAUUCGAGGUUCGAAUUAUCGACCGGCGAAACCAAGCCUGUGAGGGACUUCUUUCGAGGAACCUACAAGCUGCAACUACGUUACGUUUUCUCCCCUGCCUGCAAGUUGGUACAGAGCAGAAACCCAACUAUCUUCCAGUGGAGGUCUGCAAUAUAUAGUUUCAGGACAGCGGUACCAAAAGAAGCUCGAUGAUAGCCAGGUUUCUAAUAUAAUGGCGACAGCCUGCCAGGGUCCAGCUGGGCGCGAGGCCUCCAUUCGCAAGUCUGCUCUGGACAAAAAAUAUAAUACUGCCAACGUGCAAAUGAGUUUGGUAUAGAAGUUGCAAACAACCCAACUCCUGUUCAGGCUAGAAUUCUGCCUGCUCCAAUGGUAACUAACCCUACUUCCAAUAUUUGCAGUGCUCUUCUUUGCCAUCUUGUACUACUACUUCUCUGGUCAGCUUGACGACGGCGACGACGAUGGCUAGAACAGUCCACGGCCUGAACAUGUCUACUUAUGAAAAUACAUCAAGAAAAUAUUGAAAUUGUUCUUGACACAAAUCACUUGGAUCCGGGAGGUAGGUGGUCAUAGCGCUAGAGGCCAGUGGUGGCCACGUAGGUUGCAAGCAGAUGAACAAACUUCAGUAGCUGUAUACUGACUGCUGAACCAAUAGAAUUUAUCACACAUAAGUAUGAACUGCACCAUCGCCCCCAUUAGUGAUCGGACACCUGACCAAAACACACAUGUGAGGUAUUUGAUAUGAAUCUACGUUGUUUGCCUAACAAAGUAAGCCGGCGCCUAGCAUAUAGACAGAAAUAAUAGCAUUGUUAGACAGGUUAAUAAAGCAGCACAAAGUUCAGAGCGAGAAAAACUUAACAUCUCCUAGCAGUUUCAUCAUCCAACUAGGCAUGGUAGCAGAUACAAGAUGGCAUUUCAGUUAUAGCAAUCCUUGUCAUGAGAUAAUUGGGCCAACGGGUUGAACCUAAUGAUGAUAUAUGGCCUUGGUUUGGGAUUAUAUUGUGCAACAUGAUCCUCCAGCAGAUGAACCAUAGGUACAUUGAUGAUCUGAAUUUCAGAUGCAGGAAUUCCUCUCAUAUUCGGAGUGUGCUAAGCUAUUCGAAUUUGAUUUUCAGGAUUACAUUCAUCAUUUUGGAUGUGCUGCCCCAAGAAUUAGAGUUUAUCAUCCCCCUUGGUGUAAUCAAUUCUGCGCUGACUGUGCACUUGUGCGUACUUUUCAAUAUUUUGUUUUAUGUAUAUUGCGCAAGUUUCCAUGACGUCCAUUAGAAGGUUCUUUCUUAAGAAGAACGAUAGAAGCACUAGAUUACUGGCAUUACUGUGUGCAACAAAAUAAGACAGUUUGAACAAAAGUAAAAAAUAUAUGCCAUCUAAUAGUAUGAUUCAUGUAUGUUCAAUGGAACCUAGUCAUGCAUAGCAUGCAUCGUAAGCUAAUCAGUGAGGCACAAACAUGUUUCCGUUUUUUGGAUGAACAAACGAAAUUAUGUAAUUUCAAUUUUCAUUUGAAAUACCAACAUAAAGAGAUUUUUUU